CUGCCGAACGGCAGUUUUCAGUCACUGACUUCAGGAUUUCAAGUUCAUCAAAAAAAUGCCGGUGAGAGUCGCGGAAACCUCUGCACCUUCUCAGGUUUCAGGUGCGAAUUCUGGACAGACUUCAUUGCAAGCUUGUACGCUCUUGAGUGUAGGGCAGGCCUUUACAGGUACUCAGAAUGUUUCUAGUCUACAAAAGGAGGAAGCUUGGAGAGUUAAUGUCCGCAUACAAGGAUGUGACCUUGAACAUGGGUAUCUCUGUGGCACCAUGGAAGCUUUAAAUGUUCCUAUGGCUGACACACCAGUUGUGACCUUCUGGGAAGGGGAGAUUGUUGAUAUGAAGAACUAUACUUUCUACACUGGAAAAUGGGAAGCAACGCCAGAGGAUGAUAUAAAGCACUGGACAAAGUUUCCAUCCUUUGCACCCCUCUCGAGUAAAGUGGAAGCUGAUGGUGGAAAAUCUCUGGACCUGAGUAACUGUCAACACAUUUUUAUGAGAUGGAAAGAGCAAUACUUUGUAAAUGUUGGAACAGACUGCGGGUUAACCAUAGCAGGUUUUUACUAUGUCUGCUUCUCUUGCAGCGAUGGUUCCAUCAAUGGCUUCUACUAUGAUCCUAAUAGCAGUCCUUUCCAGAAGCUUGAGCUUAUAUCCACCAAUGAGGGCAGAUCAGGAUUUAGUUUUUCAUCUUAUGAGCUGCAGUAAAACAGGUUGCGGGCAAUAUCUGAAUUUAUCCACUUGGUGUGGGCCUGUUGAUGCACAUAUUUGACAUUAGUAAAUCCUCCUCGUAGAUAGAUGUUCUUGAAUUUUCUACUUUUGCAUAUAUGAUUAUGACAUCAAAUUAAUAGUUAUUAAUCUUAGUUUAUUUUGAUUAUCUGACGUUUUCUUCUCAACAACAUGAAAUUCCGAAGAUUCGCAUUUCUAUGUUGA